AUGUCGGCCAUACGGAGGAAAUUCGGAGAGGACUACCAGGUGGUGAACACUAACCAGGGCAUGACUUUCUCUGCGCCCGUGAAGAAGAAGAGGCAGCGUUUCGUGGAGAAGAACGGCCGCUGUAACGUGCAGCACGGUAACCUUGGCGGGGACAGGAGUCGGUACAUCUCGGACUUGUUCACCACACUGGUAGACCUCAAGUGGCGCUGGAACCUGCUCAUCUUCAUCCUCACCUACACCGUGGCGUGGCUGGUCAUGGCUUCUAUGUGGUGGGUGAUCGCGUACAUCCGUGGGGACCUGAGCCACGGCGGCCACGACCCGUCCUACACACCAUGCGUCGCGAACGUCUACAACUUUCCUUCUGCGUUUUUGUUCUUUAUCGAGACCGAAGCCACAAUAGGAUACGGCUACCGCUACAUCACAGAGAAGUGUCCCGAAGGCAUCAUCCUGUUCCUCUUCCAGUCGCUCCUGGGCUCCAUCGUGGACGCGUUCCUCAUCGGGUGCAUGUUUAUAAAAAUGUCCCAGCCCAAGAAGCGCGCAGAGACGCUCAUGUUCAGCCAGGACGCGGUCAUCUCACAACGGGACGGGAAACUGUGCCUCAUGUUCCGGGUGGGAAACUUGAGGAACAGCCACAUGGUGUCCGCGCAGAUUAGGUGCAAACUCAUCAAGUCGCGGCAGACUCCGGAGGGCGAGUUCCUGCCUCUGGAUCAGUGCGAGUUGGACGUGGGGUUCGGGACCGGGGCAGACCAGCUCUUCCUGGUGUCGCCGCUGACCAUCUGUCACGAGAUCAACACCAAGAGUCCGUUCUUCGACCUGUCGCAGCGGUCGCUCUCCAACGAACAGUUUGAGAUCGUGGUCAUCCUGGAGGGCAUCGUGGAGACCACCGGGAUGACCUGCCAGGCCCGGACGUCCUACACCGAGGACGAGGUUCUCUGGGGCCACCGCUUCCUCCCGGUGAUGUCGCUGGAGGAGGGCUUCUUCAGAGUGGACUAUUCCCAGUUCCACAACACCUUCGAGGUCCCCACUCCCCCACACAGCGUCAAGGAGCAGGAAGAGAAGUCCUCCAUCACCUCCCCCAACCCCCUGGCCGUCACACCCACGCCACCUUCACCCCCUCUGGGCAACAACAACACACGCGCUCCAGGACGCAGGGAGCGGCUCUUGUCGGCGGACUUUGCAGACCACAAAGAGAAGCAACCCACCAGGAUCCCUCCCAAACUACAGCGCAUGAGCUCCACCAGAGAAGAGCUUCUGUGGAGAGGCCUGCGCAGCGGCUCCGUGCUGCCGGGGGCUAAGGCCUCAAGCACGGGGGACUUACCGCUCAGCAUCCAGAGGCUGCGCUCCAGCUCCAUCCCAGUGGGCAGGCAGGGACACCUGGAGGAGCAGGUGCAGCUGCUGCCGCUGGAGGGGGAGGCGGAGGAGCUGGAGGCGGAGAGAGACAGGUUGGUGUCCACUGGUAUCAGCGCCAUCACACAGGGACCGGCUCCACUCGCAGGAGGGCGGCCUGAGGACAACCUGCCCGCCAAACUCCGCAGGAUGAACGCAGACCGCUGA